AUUUUUUGUAAGGAAGUUUCCCCUCUGGAUGUCCCGCCUUCCACUCUACACAGACACAGUUGUGAACAAAAGAAACAGGAAAAACUCCCCAGACUGCACAUAAAUCAGUGUAAUAGGUUCCUGCAGAGCUCUCGCUGUAUUCUCUAAGCCCUAUACUGCUGCAGGACUUGCUAAACUUGAUAUACGUGUGCUUACAAGGCUGGCUUGAAAUAUGAAACAAUCUUGAAAAACUGGAUUUGAACACAAGGCAUCCCACCCGGAGGAAAACCCUCUGCGCCAUCUCUGAACCUCAGGGGAGGAAGAGAAGAUCAUUGAGAUCGAUUCAUAGCCGCACACAGAAACUCGCCACGACAGCCACCAAGAAAGAGGGUGAGAAAAUUGCCCCUGCAGCUUAAAUAGAUUCCUGUCCAGAUUGAUUCCUAGUCCCAGAUGACAUAAACUGAGACCUGAAGAUUAUCACCAGCUAACAUGCAGAACGUACAUGCUGUAGACUUUGAGCAAUUAGCCGAAAUUGAGCUUCAACAAGAUGAAGAGGAUUUGGCACAUCUUGGGCUCAGUUUAUCUCUGCCAGGAGCAACCAGUGGGGCCCCUGAUGUUAAUAUAAAUCACCCUUAUUAUGACAUUGCACGUCACGGCAUUAUCCAUGUGGCCGGUGACGAUAACUCUGGAAGGAAAGUGGUCACAUUCAGCUGCUGUCGACUGCCCCCCUGCCAUGAAAUAGAUCACGUUCGACUGCUAGAAUACUUGAAAUAUACAUUAGACCAGUAUGUAGAAAAUGAUUACACAGUGGUCUACUUUCAUUAUGGACUCAACAGCCGCAACAAGCCCUCACUGAGCUGGUUACAGACGGCUUACAAAGCGUUUGACAGAAAGUACAAGAAGAAUCUGAAAGCUCUUUAUGUUGUUCAUCCAACCAAUUUCAUCAAAGUGCUGUGGAAUAUAUUCAAACCUGUUAUCAGUCACAAAUUUGGCAAAAAGGUUUUGUACAUGAAUUACUUAGACGACCUCAGAGAGCAUCUGAAGUUUAAUCGCUUGAUUGUCCCUCCGGAUGUGCUACAGCAUGAUGAAAAACUGCGGAAUAAUCAAAAGGGGAAAACAUCUUCAACCUCUAAAUCACCCCCACCACGGCCCCCUCUUCCUGCACAGCAGUUUGGCGUGAGCCUGCAGUACCUGAAGAACAAGAACAGUGGUGAGCUUAUUCCCCUGGUGAUGAUGCAGACUGUAUCAUAUCUGAAUCAGAGAGGACUUCAGACGGAAGGUCUCUUCAGAAGAUCUGUCAGUAUUCACAUCAUUAAGGAUGUGCAGAAACGUUACAACCUCGGAAAACCGGUGAAUUUUGAUGAAUAUGGAGACCCUCACAUCCCAGCUGUUAUUCUGAAAACUUUCCUGCGAGAGCUGCCAGAACCUUUGCUGACAUUUGAGUCUUACAAAGCGAUUUUGGAGCUCACCAGUGUGGAGAGUUGUCUGCGUGUAAACAGCUGUAAGCAGAUUCUGCACAAACUCCCAGAGCAGAACUACGUGGUGCUGAAAUAUCUCCUGUGUUUCUUAAACAGGCUAUCCCAGGAGAGCAUUACCAACAAAAUGACAUGUUCCAACCUGGCCUGCAUUUUUGGAGUGAAUUUAAUCUGGCCCCUGGAAGGCGUCCCCUCUAUGAAUGCCCUGGUGCCAGUGAACACGUUUACGGAACUGUUAAUUGAAUUCUACUCAAAAGUGUUUGGCUCCAGAACAGUGGCAGGAGAGAGCUUACCGUGAGCGCCAGUCCAAGCCAGCGAAGUUCAAAAGCUACAGGAUAUUUACGCGGAUAAAUGGGACAACCUGUAUAAUGCAGUUACUUUUUAACAGUUUGUAAAGAAAAUGCAUUUCAAAUUGUCACAAUCUGCCGCAAGUAGCUUAUAUUUCAGUUUCUGUUACAUUAUUUUUUUGUCAUAUGUUUCAUUUGUGGUUUAUUUUAGCACAAUCUUAGGGGGGUUCUGGGGAUGUUGGUGACAUUUUAUUUAUUUGUCAAUGGUCAUGAACCUUUGGUUACAAGUACAAGAAAAUACGCAAUAUGUAGGUAUUAGCCUUGUCCUUUUAGUUAAAGGGACACUGAACCCAAAAAUGUUCUUUCGUGAUUCAGAUAGAGCAGCAACUUUCUAAUUUACUUCUAUUAUCAAAUUUUCUUCAUUCUCUUGGUAUGUUUAUUUGAAAAGCAAGAAUGUAAGUUUAGAUGCCGGCCUAUUUUUGGUGAACAACCUGGGUUGUCCUUGCUAAUUGGUCAGUACCAAUAAAUAAGUGCUGUCUAUGGUACUGAACCAAAAAUUUGCUGGCUCCUUAGCUGAGAUGCCUUCUUUUUCAAAUAAAGGUAGCAAGAGAAUAAAGAAAAAAAUGAUAAUAGAAGUAAAUUAGAAAGUUGCUUAUAAUUGUCUACUCUAUCUGAAUCAUGAAAGAAAAACAUUGGGUUCAGUGUCCCUUUAAUAACAAAUAGUGUUUUAGUACUGUAUGUACUUCCAUCCCUCUGUGACUGGUAUCUAUGCAUUUAAAGGGAUACUAAACCCAGAUUAUUAUUUUUUCUUUCAUGAUUCGGACAGAGAAUGCAAUUUUAAGCAACUUUCUAAUUUACUCUUAUAAUCAAUUUUCUUUGUUCUCUUGCUAUCUUUAUUGGAAAAGCAGGAAUGUAAAGCUUAGGAGCCGGCCCAUUUUUUGUUCAGCACCUGGGUAGUGCUUGCUUAUAGGUGACUAAAUAUAGCCACCAAUCAGCAAGCACUAUCCAGGGUGCUGAACCUAAAAUGGGCUGGCUCCUAAACUUACUUUCCUGCUUUUCAAAUAAAGAGAUCAAGAGAAAGAAGAAAAUGUGAUAAUAGGAGUAAAUUAGAACAUGCAAUUUUAAGCAACUUUCUAUCUUAUUCAUGAAAGAUUUUUUUUUAGUAUUCCUUUAAGGCAACGGGAAUGGGGUGUUAAAGGGACAGUAUACACUCAUUUUCAUAUAACUGCAUGUAAUAGACACUUCUAUAAAGAAUAAGAUGCACAGAUACUGAUAUAAAAAUCUAGUAUUAAACUGUUUAAAAACUUACUUAGAAGCUCACAGUUUAGCUCUGAUGAAAAUGUAGCUGGAAAGCCCACUGCAAGUGGCAAAUAAGGCACUCCCCCCUCCCCCUUCUUUUGCAUAUGAAAAGACCCUUUACACAAACAGGAGCAAGCUGGAGUAGGUAGCUGACGGUAUUCUCAUAAAACUUUGGGGCUUGGUUAGGAGUCUGAAAAUCAGAGCAAUGUUAUUUAAAAAUAAGCAAAACUAUACAUUUAUUUAAAAAAAAAAACUUUAUGGGCUAUAUAAAUAGAUCAUCUACAAAACAUUUAUGCAAAGAAAAAAUGAGUGUAUAAUAUCCCUUUAAAUUGUGCCAAAUUUGUUGAUAAUUUGGUAAAAUGCAAUGCAUGAGUGGCAUGAAAACAAUCAAGACUUGAAAAUAUGAGAUACUUUGUUUUCUUGUAAAAAAAAUAAAAAUAUUUUUUUUAAAACACAUAAAAUGUGUCUGUUUAAACACAACAGGUGAUGCACUGUAACUAUGCUGUGCCAUUGUUUGCAAACCUAGAUUUACUAUAAUUUUAAAAGUAUGUGAUAGUCAAAAUUAUUCAGAGCUAGAAGUAUAUUGGAAAAUGUUUUAAAAGACGUGCUCUAACAAUGAAAGUUACAUUUUUUUAAAUUUAGUGUCCAUGGAUAUUUAUUUAAAGGGACAUGACAAUAUUUCUUGCAUGCAUAUAUAUCAGAUUACUUUUGUAUGAGAAAAGUUAAACUCUUUAUUUUUGAUUUUGAAACUGUCAGGAAGUGCAUAACUGAUCUGUGGGAUUAAACCUCAUUUGCUUAUAAAGACAACUCCUUCAGCUCUAUUGGUGAACAAUCACACACCCACAAACAAAUAACAAAAACAGAUUUACUUUUCAGCACAUGAACAUGCAUGUUUAAAAAACAGAAAAUAAUACAUACAAUGCAUUGCACAUUUAGCUAUCAAUGAAUGAAUUGAUGUCUAAAAGUACCCUUGUAGUAUAUGCUGUAAUAAAUCAAUGUGAUGUUGUACACUGUUUGUCCAGCAGGUGUCAUAUGAUCCCCAGAUCUAACCUAUAAAAUAAUUACAUGUAUUGUUUGUUGCAGUAUUUUGCUAUAUAAAUAAUGUCAGUCUAAAGGAGGGGGUGAUAUUAAGAGAGUAAGAAUGUAGUUGAACGACCAGUUGUGCAGAUUUUAGAGGUUGUUAUACUUAUCUAUGUAUUGCUCCCUCUUUUAUUAGAGAAUUAUUGUGAAACUUUUGCAAGUGAUUAAUGUAAUACUGCAGCGUUAAUGUGUGUGUUCAGUCAAGUACUGCCAGUUAUGUACAUUCUGUACUCUGCAGUUUCAAUUACCUUGCACUUUAUGGUUUAUGCAAAUAGCAGACACUGAAACAAGUGACAGGAUAAGCUGCCAGCACUGCAAGUAAAAUUAUCCUAUUUCCCAUUUUGUCCUUGUGAUUGGGUCUGCGGAUCAGGUCUAGGUGAUUGUUGUCAGAAAAUAUUUCUUUUAAGCCAAAUAAUUAGCAGCUGCUCAAGUGUAUAAAUGCAGAAUACGCUGUUAAUGGUCUUGGUUUCCCCCCCCCCCUGUUCAAAUUUGCAACCACAGCUGCUCAAAAUGAGUUUUCUUUCUAAUAACUUUUACAUAAUAAAAUAAUUAUCCAUUCUGUCUUGUAAAAA